UAGUGUCGGUCUCUCCAGUUAGAGAGAGGCUGAGCCCGGAGGAAGAGGAGGAUGUAUACAGGCGGCACAACAUCACUUUCUGCCUCCUUGAGCGCGUCGGCUUGCUGAAUGGGUGCAAAGAAGAUACAUCUCUGUUUGGACAACAUCAAACUAUUACCCGGCGACGUUUUGGGAAACGUGUUAUUUUAAGGAUGCAUCCUAGUCCAAUAACUUAUUAGAUUUUGGGAGGAGAUGCAAUUUGAGCGAGACUGACUGUCAGGGCGGAAGGUGGAUUGAUAUUUCUUUUCCUUCAAAUCAGUACACCAUCGAAUGUGUACACCUUUAUAUAUAUAAAAAAAAAACUGAAAUUAUCAUCAUUUAUUCGGACUCAUGGGAUAUACUGCAUGUGGGUAUUUUGGCAACGAUUGCAUCCCAAUCCUAAACCCUCCGAAUGAGCCUGCAUGGAAAAAAAGAUCAUCAUUAUUCAUCUCUGUUGUGACUGACGGGAGUGACAAUUAAGUGACAUUGACACCUAUAGGCGUCGGGAUCAACUUCCAAAGUUAAAGUCUGGAAUAUUUGGAUCCAUGAUUCUCAGAGGACAGGGGCGGAAAUACACUUAAAAGCGGCAAAAUGUUCAAAAGGGGCUGUGGACUGGAGUUCCUGCUGGUCCUCUGUGGCCUGGAGUUUUCCUGGUCGUGCCCCCGUCACUGCAUCUGCUACACGGCACCCAGCACCGUCUCUUGCCAAGCGCAUAACUUCCUGUCUGUCCCCGAAGGCAUACCCCCUGACAGCGAACGCAUCUUCCUUCAGAACAAUAAGAUCCAUCGGUUACUUCGGGGUCACUUCAGCACCAACACAGUGACGCUAUGGAUAUACUCCAAUAACAUCACAUACAUCGAGCCCUCGACCUUCCACGGUUUCACGCUGCUGGAGGAACUGGAUUUGGGAGACAACCGUCACCUACGCUCCCUUGCUGAAGACACCUUCCACGGCUUGAAUCGACUCAGUGCUCUACACCUGUACCGCUGUGGACUGAGCUCACUUCCGAAUAACAUCUUUCAAGGACUAAGAAGCUUGCAGUAUCUCCAUUUACAGCAAAAUCAUUUGAAGUUCCUGCAAGACGACACGUUUGCUGACCUCCAUAAUUUGAGUCACCUGUUCCUCCACGGAAAUCACCUGUGGAGACUCAACCAGAACACUUUCAGGGGUCUCCAGUCCUUGGAUCGCCUCCUUCUGCACCAAAACCAGAUCGAGUGGGUUCACCACCUGGCAUUCCAUGACCUCAAACGUCUCACCACGCUCUACUUGUUCAAUAACUCACUCAUGCAACUGUCGGGGGAGUGCCUGGACACGCUGCCUGCUCUGGAAUACCUGCGCCUCAAUGACAAUCCUUGGUCAUGUGACUGCAAGGCCAUCACACUAUGGGAGUGGUUGAAACGUUUUAGGGGCUCAACGUCUUCAGUGGGUUGCAUGGCGCCCGUCGAUAUGCUCGGGAAAGACCUGAAGGAGCUACGAAAGGAAGACUUCUCCGACUGUUUACCAAAUUCGGAAUCUCGAGCCCAAACCAACAAUUUAUCCGGCACCGUCAGCCCACCGUCAAUGAAUCGGGGCGUCGUGGCAGGUUCAGGCGGCCAGAGCAAUGUAGUGCACCCUUCGAGGCCCGGCCGUCCUCGCAACUGCCAGAAGACUCGCAAUCGAGGAAGCAAAGGGAAAAACGACAACGAGGUCCACCACUCAAAGGAGGUUAUGGCGGACAAGGAGGACACAUCUCCGGAUUUCUCCGACGGAGGAAAACACGAUCACACAUCUCCGGAUGGCACCGUCACGAGAAGGAAGCACAAGUGUGUUCCGCGGACCACUGUCCGACCCCCGAGUGGGGUUCUGCAAGCCAAUAACAGGGCGUCCUUAUCUCAGCCCUUAAUACACAUCUACGUACUUCUGGUUGCCUUGACAACAAAUACAGACUUGAUCCUCCGUUGAGCUACACAGGGCUCGGUAAAUGGUCAUCACAAAACGCAUAACCCUAAACAACCCCUCUCUCGAACCUGCACUACAAGGCCCUGGUGUCUUUUAUGUAUGUGUGUGUGUCGGAGUGUGAUUAUGUGUAAGUGUUGUGUAGGAAGUGUAACCAUUCAGAUGAGCACAAGCAUCAAACACCCACAACGGAAAAUCUUGCAAGGAGUCCGACGAACUGAUUCAUGCAGACCAAGCGUGCACUGCCACGUUUCAUCGUUUAUGUGUCUUUUAGUUGGUAUAAGCUACGGAUCGUAACCAAUCAGAAGACGGCAAAACGGGGGUGGAGGAACCAAGUCAUAAAUGUAGUCUUCUGCAAAAAACACUCAUUCAUUCAUUGAUUCACUUGGUACCGCUUUUUUCCUCACAAGGGUCGCAGAGGGGGUGCUGGAGCCUAUCCCAGCUGUCUUCGGGCGAGAGGCGGGGUACACCCUGGACUGGUCGCCAGCCAAUCACAGGGCACAUAUAGACAAACAACCAUUCACACUCACAUUCAUACCUAUGGACAAUUUGGAGUCGCUAAUUAACCUAGCAUGUUUUUGGAAUGUGGGAGGAAACCGGAGUACCCGGAGAAAACCCACACAUGCACGGGGACAACAACAUGCAAACUCCACACAGAGAUGGCCGAGGGUGGAUUUGAACCCUGGUCUCCUAGCUGUGGGGUCUGUGCGCUAACCACUAGACCGCCGUGCCGCCCCUAUUCCGGUCACUUGAUCCGCCUAUUCUUUAUCAGGUUAAAAAAGUGAAGAUUUGACCAUAAAUAAUCAUUAUAAGACCCAGGAAUGUAAAUAUUCCUCUACAAAAUGGAAUUUAUAGCCACUCCUGAUUUAAGGCCAUAAACGAUACGUACAUACGUCGAUAAUACAAAAAUAACUCACGACUGGAUUUGAAGCUGCUACUGUACGUAACUGUGUCAGGAUGCUGAGGACCGCCAUUUUCAUUCCAGAUGAAUCCGUGAGUCUGUCCGUACUUUGUGAUCCUUUGUUUCAGAUUUCUAAGACACAGAAUGGACCUAGUGUUGAAUCCAUAUUGCAGGGCCAGCAGGGGGGGCGGACGGGAAGGGUUCUUCCAGUUUCCCAGUCAACUGAGAACUGACAACCUCCAUCUCUUACUGACAAUGUUCAUCCACUUUUCCUUUUUCUAUGUAAGCUGGAGCCUAUUCCAGAUGAAGCGAGGACUGGGUCGCCCAGCACUGACAUAUUUUUUUUUCCAGAAUGACUUAAAAAAUGGCAUACAGGACUUUUAAAAACAAUGUGUGCAUAAAUAAAUGGUGUGAUUAAAUCCAGUAUAAAAGAAGAUUUCUAAAAGGAGCAUGGUGAAAAAAGGAAGGACGCAGGACCGCAAGGGGUUCCUAAAAAAGACGCUGUACAGAACAGACAAUUGAACGUUACGCCGAACUGGAGCGUAUGUGCCUCCCUCUGAUGGACUUUGAUGACGUGAUGGUCUUUGUAUCAAUGAUGUAACAACGGAAAACAAUGGUGAUACUAUAAAAAUUACUGUCUUACUAUGAGAAAAAAAAAUAUCAGUGGCAUCAAUUAUGAUAACAGGGUUUUUUGCUCCUUAAAUCGGGAGCUGUUUUAUUUGAUCAAGGUCAUUUUUCAAGGUCAACCUUCAUUUGUUAAUGCACAGGUGUCAUUUGCGUCUUUUCUCAGUCUAUUGUUUAGCAUUUGUGUGUUUUUUUUUUUUUGCUGCCAUGAUUCCGUUGUUCUGUGCGGCUUCACCUAAGACUACAAAAAAUGUUUAUAAAGAUAUUAAAGUCUAUAUCUUCUUAUGUCUCAC